CUCUUUAUAAAAUAUAACAAACAUAAUGAUGGUUUGAUCUCGACGCCUAAUCAUCGUUCCGGAGGACGGACGAUCCGUGCCCUAAACCUAAAAACAGUUACAGGGCUUUAUUCAUUACCGCAAUCAAUAACUUAUGAUCAUUACCAUAAACAUCAAAUUCCAUAUGCUUUAUAUGCCGUGAUUCCAAUUAAUUCAACAAUCCACCAAUGACGACCAUCAAAAUCCUCCAAUACAAACUUGAUGACAACACCUACAAACUCUAUGACGUCACAUUCUUCCAAACCACCAUCUCCACCAUAGUCACCACCGAAUCAUCCACAGUAGACAACUGGAUAAUCGAUACCGAACAGCACCUCGACUCCCUCGGUCCGCUGCUUUUUGGGCUAGACGUCGAGUGGCGUCCUAACCGUAUCCGGAACCGCGAAAACCCGAUAGCUACCAUCCAACUGUGUGCUGGAAACCGGUGCCUCAUUUUUCAAAUACUUCACUCACCCAUAAUCCCUUAUUCACUAUUAAACUUCCUUGCGAAUCCUAACUACACGUUUGUUGGCGUCGGAAUUGAUGAAGAUAUUGCGAAGCUGAUGAAGCAUUAUUACCUGAGGGUUGGUAGGACUCUGGAUUUAAGGACGUUGGCGGCAACUGUGUAUGGUGUCAAGGAGCUUAAGAGUUCCGGGUUGAAGCGACUCGCGAGUAUUGUUCUUGGGUUGGAGAUAAACAAGCCUAAGAAAGUUACGAUGAGUGGUUGGGAUAAUCGGUGGCUUAUGCCUGCGCAGGUGCAGUAUGCGUGCAUCGAUGCUUUCUUGAGUUUUGAGAUCGGGAGGAUAUUGAUUCUUUGUUUAUGAUCUAAGGUUUCGUAUUUGAUUCCAGUGUUGUACGCUAAGCAGUCAAUAGCGGUUAUCGGGCCUUCCAAGGUAGCGGUCCAGAAUAGUGGAAUCACUAUUAUCGGCGCUAUUAGACCGUUAUUUUAGAUGCCUGACGUGGACUCGGAGGAAGAUUUCAUGGCUUAUGAUUAGAGCAUGUCUUUUGAGUUUUGAUUUUUGAUAUUAAAAUAAUAUUAUAUAUGUUUUGCGUUUUAUAUAUAAAAUUACGAAUAUCCCACCGUAUUAACCUA